GAAAAACCCCAUCAUGAGUUUAGCUGUGAAAGUAAAGGAAGAAAGGAAGUUAUGCUUGUAUUGUUGUAUGUAUGUAAAAUGGGGUAUGUAUGUACCCUUACUUGCACUAAGUGAUGCAAGGCUCGCUCACUCACUCACUCACUCACUGCUCGUUCCUGAUGUCAGAUCAAUAUCCAUCAAUAAUGUGGGAGACGUUCGAGAAGCUCGGAUCACAGUUGCAAGUAAGAAAAGAAAAACCAGAUUUCGAGUUGAUUGUGGCUGAUGGGCUGGAACUCCGCCCACGGUUGUCUCGGCUUUCCAUGAUGUACUAUGAUGUAUACGACGUUGAACCCCAUGUUUUUCUGCCCUCCGAACGGAACCGAAUGUCCAUGAUGCAACAUGAAGAAGCGGGGACACCCCUUCUUGCUUUCUUCGAGACAUGGAAGGGUGGCUGCUGUCAGUAUCCUCCAACUUCUUGUAUAUUCUCCCCCCUAUGCAUCCCUGACGUUGAAUACUCCCGACUCGAAUCUGAAGUAGUGAUGAUGAUGAUGAUCUGGUCCAAGCCACGGCUCGGCGUCGGGCGGUGGUCGCGUUGUGUUGGCCCAAGCUUAUGCCGAUCCACUCACGGCCAGGCAACCGUCAACCCUCAGCCAUCAUGAAAGUCCGAAUACGAGCUUGCUUUCGAGAAAUAUCCCUGGAUUUAGGGGAGGGAGAGAAAAAGGGUUUUGUUUCAAUAUCGGACCCUUUUCUGAUAAUUAAUUUGUAAGAAUAGAUGAGACACGUUCACUGCCCCCUCUAAGUAUUGUACUAUUGUUCUCGCAUCCCUUUCUGAUUCGCAAGGUAUACCUCCAUACUGGGGUUGCUUGCUGCCUAUGCGGCUGGAAUUAGGACUGCGGCAUUCCUUCGUCCUUUA